AUGGCAAGGAAUGUAGCAUUUUUCAUAGCCAUAGCCAUGGUUCUGCUACUGCUAUAUAGCACUGUGCUGACACAAGAACAACCACGAGUAUGGUCAGCAUUCGAAGCAUCUAAAGAAGUAGCUUCAAAGCUUAGUCGAAACCCUCAAACCCUUCCACUAGCCUCAACUGAUUAUGGCAACAUAGUCCACAAAACACCUAUAGCAGUAUUUGAGCCAAGUUCAGUGAGUGAUAUCAUAGCCUUGAUCAGUUUCUCAAACUCUCUUCCCACCCCUUUCACCAUAGCCACCAAGGGCAAAUCACACUCGGUUCAUGGACAAGCCAUGAAUAACCUAAGUGGGGUGGUGCUGAAUAUGACUAACCUCCAUAGGCCAGGGAUUGUGGUGGCUUGUGAUGAUGGGAAGAGUCCACUAUGGUGUUAUGCUGAUGCAGGUGGUGGACAGUUGUGGAAUGAUGUGUUGCUGGCAACCCUUCCUCUUGGACUCACCCCUCUUUCUUUGACUGAUUAUAUGUAUGCCACCAUUGGAGGCACUCUCUCCAAUGCUGGAAUGGGUGGCAUGGCCUUUCAAUUUGGACCUCAAAUUUCCAAUGUUCUUGAGUUGGAUGUUGUCACAGGUCAAUUUGGGGUGAUAACAAGAGCAAGAAUACCUUUAGGACCUGCACCUACUAGGGUGAAAUGGCUCAGAUUGCUUUACAAUAACUUCACUGCAUUUUCUAGAGAUCAAGAACAUUUAAUUUCCUUCAGUGAAAGUGAUGAAAAAACAAAAGCAGAUUAUGUAGAAGGCAUGCUUGUAUUGAAUCAGCCACCACUGGAUCUUUUCUUUUAUCCAGAUUCUGAUCAUCAAAGGAUAACAUCAUUGGUAACCCAAAAUGGCAUCAUCUACCUUUUAGAGCUUGCCAAAUACUAUCACAGCAACUCUCAAGAACAUGUCAAAAAGGAAGUUGAAGAUUUGGUGAAAGGGUUAAAUUUUGUGGCGACAUUUGUGUUUGAAAAAGAUGUGUCGUACUAUGAGUUUGUGAACAGAGUUUAUCCAUUGGAGCUAAUUCUUAGGUCAGAAGGACUUUGGAAAGUUCCUCAUCCCUGGUUGAACCUCUGGGUUCCAAGAUCUGGAAUCUCAGAUUUUAAUGAAGGAGUUUUCAAAGACAUUAUUCUUAAGCAAAACAUUUCUGGUGGAAGCUUUUUGGUCUACCCCACAAACAGAAACAAGUGGGAUGAUAGAAUGUCACCAGUAACACCAGACGAUGAUGUUUUCUAUAUUGUGGAUUUUUUGCGUACUGCUACGAGGUUUGAUGUGGUGGAGAAAUUACAGACACAAAACAAAGAGAUUCUACAGUUUUGUAAGGAUGCUGGUAUUAAGAUCAGGGAAUACCUUACUGGUAAUAAAACACAUCAACAAUGGGUGGAACACUUUGGUUCAAAAUGGAAACUUUUUGCAGAUAGAAAAGAUGAGUUUGAUCCCAAUAGAAUAUUGUCUCCUGGAUAUGGGAUUUUCCAAUAA